UGCGCCACAACCCGCAGGACGCAGCAUGGGCCCAGAUGCGGGUUGGCCGCGCAGCCGCGAGGACGCGGGCGGAGGCUUCGUGGAGUCUCAGCUGCCGCCCUGACCGCCGCGCCCAGCGCCCCGGGACCCCGACGAGCCCUCGCCGGAGGCGGCACGACCCGCUACGAAAGCCGCCUCGGACGCCCCGGGAUCUUCCACUCAAGUGGGUCGUCAACAACCAUGGCGGGCGAGGAGGGGCGGGCGGAGCCGGGGGAGGUGACUGGGGGACGUUAGUCACGCCCCGCGCCCCCCUACGGUCCGGCCGGCGGCGCCAGGCCACGCCUCCCGAGGGCGGGGACAGUGACACACUUCCGGACGCGCCGCCCUCGCCGCAACGCCCUAGCCGGCGACGGGAAGUGAGGUUCUCGGAAGCGCCGCCGGAAGUGUACGGCGGCGACUCGGCGCCGGCGGUGAGCCACCGAGAAAGGCUUCCGGGCGGAAAGUGGAGCUCGCGAGAAGAGCUCCGGCACGAGCCCGAGACGGAGGAAGUGGUAGAAAGCGCCUACUACAAUCUGCGCUCUGGGCGGAGGCACUUGCCGCCGCCCGACCCCGACGACAUGAAGACGCGCCGAGUCACUCGCUUGCAGCAGCAGCAGCAGCAGCAACAGGAGCAUCUGCAGCGGUCGCCGCCGCCGUCCCCACCGGCCCCGGCCACCCCUCGGCGGGCGCUGCGGGACUCCCGAGUCUCCGAAGAGGAUGAACCAUCUUCGCAACAAGUUUUAAGCUCAACAAGCACAAAGAAAAGCAUGAGGACAUCUGAAGAGAUUCCGAGUAAGUUUCAUGAUCCUGUCUCUGUGCUCCGUAGACCACCACUAAGAUCUGGUAAGGGAUUAUUCGUGUUCAGAACCAAUGGAAGUACUAAGAUGAGUGAAUUAGAAGUUGCCAAUGUGCAGCAGCGGGCCAGUUCUUCGGAAGUUGACACCACGGAGGAUGAUGACCAAGGAAGCUCUAAGAGUGAUGAAUCAUCAGCCCAGCUCUGGUUGGGGGAGUCCAUGCAGUCUGAAGAUCAGCCUGUCAGAUCAAGUCAAUAUUCAGACCAACAGUCAUUGCAAUAUCAAGACGUUGCAGUUCAUGAUAAGUUACCUGCAGUGCUGAGUUCAGGAUAUCCAAAAAUAUCUCAGGAAUGGGACGAACAAAGUGGAGGAAUCAGGUCGAGGAGGCCAAUGCCCCCAGGAGGCAAGAGAUCAACAUAUGGCGGUUUCUCAGAUGAUGACAGUUUACCCAAGUCCAGAAACCAAUAUCCACCGACCUCCAGCCACCAGGAGGCCAAGCCGCCCAACAACACGUCAUAUCUGGGCAUCAAAUUGUUUUUCCUUCUGGUGAUGGCCUGUGGGGCCUUGUACGUGUGGCAACGUCAUUCUCCGGCCACAAAUGACCCAGGCGUGCGUGAGUUCCAGCAGCAGAUGCAGCAGCUGAUGGGGAAGUACCAGGCGCAGGACGAGAAGCUGUGGAAGAGAAGCGCUUUGUUCCUAGAGCGGCACCUCAACCACUCGCAGCCGCGCCCGCAGCCCGCAGUCCUGCUGCUGGCAGCUGCCCAAGAUGCUGAGGAGGUGCUGCGCUGCCUGAGCCAGCAGAUUGCCGAUGCCUACUCAGCCUCAUGGGCCCACCACAGCGUGCCAGCCAUCCGCAUUGAUGGCACAGGCAAGGCAGCGCAGGACAGUGACGCCGUCAAGCACGAAGUGGACCAGGAGCUGAGUACAGGCUUCGAGAGCGGCCAGAGGGCAGCCGUGGUGCACCGCUUCGAGUCCCUGCCUGCCGGGGCCACACUCAUCUUCUACAAGUACUGUGACCACGAGAAUGCAGCCUUCAAGGAUGUGGCCCUGGUACUUACUGUUCUACUGGAUGACCAGACGCUUGGUGCCAGUCCUGACCUGAAGCAGACGGAAGAGAAAGUGCGUGAUUUCCUCCGAGGCAAGUUCAUCGACCACCAGGGUCCCAGCGCCCACGACCGCAUGGACUCAGACAAGCUGAGCGGGCUUUGGAGCCGCAUCUCACACCUGGUCCUGCCCGUGCAGCCCGAACAGGCCCAAAAGCGAGGCACCUGCUUGUGACCCCAGGGAAAUGGGGGAGGCUACUCCAGGCCAAGAACUUUUUAGACUCCCUACACCAAAGUAGGCCUGGGAGCUCUUCAGAAAGGAACUGGUUUCUUUUGGAAAGGAAGCUCUGAUGUUAAAACAUGACUGUGCAAACCACUUUCUCCCAUUGCAUGGUCUGUUGCUUGAAAGGGUUCUUUGUUGUGUCCUCUGAGGUUAGGAGGGACUCCCACUCACCUCCACUCUAGUCUGGGUUUGAAUCAUUAUUGCUGUCCCUGAGGUGACCUGUGGGAGAAAUUCCCACCUUCCCUUUCACUCAGUCCCAGGAUUUGUUUAGCUUUAGGUUUUUGUUGGCUUUGGGAGCACACAUGGCAAUGCUCAUGGGUUACCCCCAGUUCUGCACUCAGGAUACUGCUCCUGGCAGGAUUUGGGACCAUAUGGGGUACCUGGGAUCGAAUUUGGGUCAAUUUUGUACAAUGCAAGUGCUCUCCUGCUGUCCUAUUGCUUGCUUUGGCCCCAAAGCUUUGGUUUUUGGUUUCUUUUUCAGGUUUUGGAAUUUGUACGAUAGCUUCCUGGAUGUGGCCAUGGGUUUUCCAUAUUCUUCUCUUUUACUUCAUUUUU